AGCGCAGACAAAGCUGGGUGGGGACUCGCCUCUCCGGGCUGCUGCUGACCACCCCUCCGGCUCCCUCCCUCCCUCCAUCCCUCCCUCCCUCCGGCGCCAUCCAUCCCUCCAUCCAUCCCUCCAUCCAUCGCUCCGUCCGUCCAUCGCUCCGUCCGUCCCUCCGCGCCGCUCCGGCCGCCCUGCGGGGGACGCGGGGCAGCGCCGCCCUCCAGGUACUGAACGUCGGAGAGGAGCAGACGCUCCCCUAGAGACGCAAAAGCUCGGUGGAGAGACCCUUUCCUACGGCGCCAGAAUUUAGGUGGGCUCCUGCCGCGGCAGUGCGCGCCCGCCGAUGGCGAGCAACAACACCGCGAGCAUCGCCCAGGCCCGCAAGCUGGUGGAGCAGCUGAAGAUGGAGGCCAACAUCGACAGGAUAAAGGUGUCCAAGGCCGCGGCGGACCUGAUGGCGUACUGCGAAGCCCACGCCAAGGAGGACCCGCUCCUGACGCCCGUCCCGGCCUCCGAGAACCCCUUCAGGGAGAAGAAGUUCUUCUGCGUGAUCCUGUAACCCCGCCAGGAGCCUGACCGCCCGCUCGGGCCACCCUGAACGCUGACGUAGAGUUUUUAGGAACGGGGACGACCGGGUAGCCCAGAGAAUUUAAACGAAACCAAUCAAAAAUCAGUAAAACGCGCGGCCUGGGAGCUACGCGGACGUGCAUGUUUAACGAACCUGGCCACCUUUGGGGGAGCAAGGCGCUCUGCCUCGCGAGGCGAGAGAGCCGAAGCCCGUAGAGCUGCCUAGAAAGAAAAACAAAAACGUGUAAAGAAUAAAUUUGUGUCCCUUUUUCUGCUCACCAAACUUGUUUGAUUGUUCCACGUUCAGAGCACUGGAGUUGUGCUGAGCAAAGCAAAUCGCUGAGGAUGUGCGUAACCUUAUCGGAGUGAUAUCGUCGGGUUUUUCCAAAUCCGAUCUUUUUUUUAUUAUAAUUAUUAUUAUUUAUUUAAGUUGUUGGAUAUAUAGCAACAGGCUAGGUGACUAUGGUGUUACUUAAUGUUUGGUCUCGUGCUUUUUAAUUUUUGCCAUGAGGGUAGCGCAGAGGUCGGCCGGACCUGGCGCUCGGGACGGGACGCCGCGGAGGAGACCCGGCCCGCCGACGCUUUCCGCGCGGCAGCUCGGACCCCGCAAGCACAAGCGAAUCGCGCGUGGUGGCCGGCGCUCCCCGCUCCCGCGACGCCUCCUCGCGCGCGGGCGUUCGCUCGAUCCCCCCCUCUCCCCGCUCCGGCUUUCCCUCGCCGGUGCCCGGCGCCACGCGAGGGGCUGAGCUCCCGCUUUUGGCGACGGGGCUCCGGGUUUUUCCUGCCCGCGUUAAGCUCUUGGGGGCGUUUUUGAGCUUUCUGCAGGCAAAACGGGGCGAGUUUGCCGUAGGUCGUUCCCAAUCGGGUGUCGGCUCGAAAAAAAACAGAUAAUGUUCAAGGGGGGCAACAGUCUUUAGGAAACUUUCUGCGCCCCUUUCUAGCCCAUAACAAGCGCGUUCGGGGGUUUUCUACCUUUUCCUACUCUUUUUCUAGCCUUCUCUAGGGGUUGCCUCCACGCGCUUUUACGAGGAAGGCGGCAAAAACGCCGGCCGAAAACCUGGUUUGGCUUCUCCUUUGAAAUGCUGAUUUACCGUACCCGACGGCGAAGCGCAGCCCGUGCAGCCCAGCGCCUGGGAUCUCUCUCGCCCCCGACCCGUCCUCAAGUGCUGUCCUUGAAGUGCUUUGUAAUAAUUUUUUUAAUGACUUGCGUAUUUUACAACUUGAAUUCUUACAAAAAAAAAUAAUCAAAAAAAAUAACUACACAAAAAAAGCUGCAUGCGAAGCAUAGCGGGGGAGGGUUUGAAUCAGCCUCAGCCGCUCGUGGAAGGUGUUUUAUGUUCUUGGCCUUUAUUUCUAUUUCCCUCGUGGUGUUUUUGUCAGUGUGCCGCCAGGUACUUGGCCCCGCUGUUUGUAUUUUCGCAGGUAUGCUUUCGUUAGCGCAGCACGGCGCUCGCCCGCCAGCUCCGCGGCCCCCCGCGAGCAGGGUCCCUCCUCGCUCUGCGCUGACGCUCUAUUUCCAGCGUGGCAUCAAACAACUUUAAUCUCUACCCCCAGGCUUGUAAAGAAAAAAUAGCCGGAGUGCUGAAAUGGGACAUUUAUUUUGGGAAGGGGGUUUUGUUUUUUCCUACAAACUUUACUCGCGGCAGGGUGUGCCGCCCCUCGGCGGCGCGGUGCCUCCUCCCGGGGGGACGUUUUGGCAGCAGGGCUGUGCAAAUGUCAAUGUUAGGGUGGGGUUGACUUAAAAAAAAAAAAAAAAACCCGAACCCUGGCGUGGGGAAGAUCGGAGUCGUGAUGUAGCGUGCGUUCCCCAUCCCAUGUGGUCAAUGUACUCGCUG